AUGGCCGAUUCCCCCGCCGUAUCCAUCCCGCUAGAUCCUCGAGAACAGCCUAUCCUUGACCAGCUCCUCGUUAUUCGAGACGCCCUCCUGCUCCUCAAACAAGACAAAUCGAGGUAUAUCAAGUCCCAGGAUGUGCUGCACUAUCAUGACCAGGUCGUCGAGCAAGUCCAGAGGCUGAACGCCCUCCGAACGGAACAUACGUUAGAGCAUAAUCGAGUUGACAAUGUGCUGGACGAUUGCUUCCAGCUGAUCUCAUUGCUAUUUCUUACCGUUGGAAGGAACAAUGAAGCACCCGCAGCAUAUGCGAUGGCUUCAACAAUCAAGCGCCUCCUUGACCACCUAAAAGAAGCCGCAUUUUUUAGCCAGAAGGACCUGGACUCAAUCGCGAAGACGUUGGAUACCAUGCAGGAGAACAUUAGUAGAGGAAAAGAAACAUAUUCACCGGAUAUAUUGAAGCUUUUGGAACUUCGGUUAGAAACAUGCCGAAAGCAAUUAGCUGAACUUCAGUAUGGACUUUCGUUCUUGUCUCCUGAGCUCGCCCCGACUCAUGAGACACUGGUUUCCAUUUUGCGGUCUACAUCGGCUGCAAACACUCGUUCAAAGUUCUCUGCCUCUGAGGUCAUGAGCUUCCAGGAGCAGCUCAAAGCCAUACAGGGUUCAAUGGAAGACGGUAACUUUGUAGGCCCUCAUGGCUCGAUCCCUGAAGGUCAAGAACUCGUGAAAGCUUUGUUGGAUAGAUGUUUGAAAUGGUCGGAAAUUGUACUCGAAAGGAAAGGUAAAAUCGAUGAGCGGUUUCAGGAGCCCUAUAGCAAACUCCUAGAGAUUCGAAACCAACUCGAUAGACUUGUCAUGACCCAGGCGUGGUCGCUACGAGAAACUGAUUUGUUUAUGUAUCAGAGAAAGCUUAACAAGAUUGACGAAUCCCGGAUUGAUGGAAAUUUCUUGGAUGGCGAUGGGAAACCAGCCGACAUUCACGCUCAAAGGACACUUCUGUAUCUGAUUCGACGGAGCUAUGCUUUAAUUUAUGGUUUGCUUAUCUCGUCUGAACCAGUCUCAGAAGCGCUUCUACCUAUAUAUAACCAACUCCAGACAUUGAGGAAAUGUUUAAUUGAAGUUAAGGAGUCUGGCGGGGUUUCUAAUGCCAGAGAACUCUACCCGUAUAGCGGUGCAGACGGCAAAUGA